GGGGCUCGUCUGGGGGUAGCCGCCUCCUCUGCAGCCUGCUGGCGCCUCGAAACCCGGACCUGCCUCCGCCUCUUCCUCCAGCGACUUCAUCCCUCCUCCCGCGCCUCGUCGUCCCGCCGCCCCCGCCGCCGCCGCGCCCCCGGUGGCUGCCUCGGCGGACCCGGGAGGGGGCCCGCCGCGUCCGCCGCCCGCUUGGCUCGGCCCGGCCCGGGAGGCGUGCAUGCCCCUGCUGCCCGCGGCGCUCACCAGCAGCAUGCUCUAUUUCCAGAUGGUGAUCAUGGCAGGGACGGUGAUGCUGGCGUACUACUUCGAGUACACCGACACGUUCACCGUGAACGUGCAGGGCUUCUUCUGCCACGACAGCGCCUACCGCAAGCCCUACCCGGGCCCGGAGGACAGCAGCGCCGUGCCCCCCGUUCUCCUCUACUCGCUGGCCGCCGGGGUUCCCGUGCUCGUGAUAAUAGUUGGAGAAACUGCAGUGUUUUGCCUACAACUGGCCACACGGGAUUUUGAAAACCAGGAGAAAACUAUUUUAACUGGAGAUUGUUGCUAUAUAAACCCACUGGUGCGGCGAACUGUACGAUUUCUGGGUAUUUAUACAUUUGGGCUAUUUGCUACAGAUAUCUUUGUAAAUGCUGGGCAAGUAGUCACAGGGAAUCUGGCUCCACAUUUUCUUGCCCUGUGUAAGCCCAACUAUACAGCGCUUGGAUGUCAGCAGUAUACACAGUUCAUCAGUGGGGAAGAGGCCUGCACGGGCAACCCAGAUCUCAUCAUGAGAGCAAGGAAGACGUUUCCAUCCAAAGAAGCGGCUCUUAGUGUCUAUGCAGCUAUGUAUCUGACAAUGUACAUUACCAACACAAUCAAAGCCAAAGGAACAAGACUUGCUAAGCCCGUUUUAUGUUUGGGCUUAAUGUGUUUGGCCUUUCUUACCGGACUCAACAGAGUAGCGGAAUAUCGAAAUCAUUGGUCAGAUGUGAUAGCAGGUUUUCUGGUUGGAAUAUCUAUAGCAGUAUUUCUGGUUGUGUGUGUGGUAAAUAAUUUCAAAGGAAGACAACCAGAAAAUGAACAUAUACACAUGGAUAAUCUGGCACAGAUGCCAAUGAUCAGCAUUCCUCGAGUAGAAAGUCCUUUGGAAAAGGUAACAUCUGUACAGAACCAUAUCACCGCCUUUGCAGAAGUCACAUGAUACUGAAACAGAUGGUUUGUCACUGCAUUGGACAUCGUCCCUUUUCACCACCCGCUCAUAACCCCCAAAGUUUGUUUGAUUACAACAGAAGUUUAUAAAGUUGUCUAAUAAUUUUUAUAAUUUUAAAAUCAGUGUCAACUUAUCUGUUUCCCCCACUAGACUGUGAGCUCCUCAAGGGCAGGACUGUGUCUUUCUUCUCUGUAUCCCCAGCACCUACAACAAAACCUCGCACAAAGUAGGUGUUAAAUAAAAUGUGACGACCCAAUGAAAAGAUUAAUUCGUAAAUAAAACAUUCACGUUAGUUUCUCACAGAAUCACCGAUACUAUGUGAAAAGGAAACUUUACACAAGUCAUCUUGUAUAAGAAAUCCCUCCAUCUGGGCCUAGUUAAGCUUUUUAAUUUUUCAUAGAUCUAUUCAGCAGUAUAUCACAUUUCAUUUGAAGCGGACUUUGAAAGUCAUGGGGGUUUUAUGUUAUUAUUCAGCAUGACAUUAUUUCCAUUCUAACAGAGAUCAGUGUGUGAAAUUACUUUACUUUUAGAAAGUAUGUUCUAUACUAAAAUAAUGUUUGCACAUAAUAUUAUACUAUAUUUCACUUAAAAUACCAUUCAUACUAUACAUUCUAAGACUGGUGCUUCUGCUUUUGAAGGGGGAAAAUGCCAAUUUUUACUGUAAUAAGUAAUGUAUCAUAAUUAAAAAUUAUUUAUUUGGA